CUCUAAUACACAAAACAACUCAUGAUCAUAGAUAUCAUACUGAUACUGAACCACCACUAAGACCAAUUGCACCCUUUAACUAUCAUCACGGGAUACCAAGAGUAAUCACACCAAGAGUACUAACCGUACCUCAACAAAGACCAGUGAUACCUUACGUACAACAUCAAAGGCCAAAUAUACCAAGACCUUUACAACAAAUACCAAUUGAUAAUCAACUACAACAACAGUUAUACCAACAAUUUGGAAUAAUACCUAGACCUAUACCACCUAACGCAGCUCCAAGAAGACCACCUAUAGUACCAAAGAAACCUAAAGGAUUACAACUUCUCAAAAAGAAAUAA